UGAUUUAAUUCAAUGCCAAGGUGUUGGUCUUGUUGAACAUGCAGUUUCGAAUCAUGUGAUAACGUUCCUUCCCUUCCAUUCGUGGUGAGGUCUAGCGCCUUUUCACCCCGCGUCGCCUUCUCACUGCACGACGUGUAAAUCACGUCUCCCUCACUUCGACCCCUCCCAUCUACAACUUAUAUCUCAAAAGCCAGCGCCAAACAUUGACACAACACCGCACGCCAUGCCUGCAAAGAAGCAGCGUCGUACGACGAAAGAGAAGCAGUCCGCUUCUUCGUCUUCCAAGGUAGCAGUCAAGUCAGGUCCCGCAUGGAACGAUAUCUUUCUCAAUUAUCCCAUCUUCGACACCCUCUGCACGUAAUUGAAUCCUAGUGACCUAUUUGCCUUACGAGCCACGACCAAGCAGCUUUCUGAGCCUUUCAUUACGUUGUUCAAGACACAAUGGAACAUCAAUCGCAGCCUUUGCCGCUUCUCUCGCGACGCUGUUCGAUUCAGAUCCAUGAUGGCGAAGUGUGACGCUCUAAUCUCAGGAAGCUUCGCACUUCAGUUCUUUGCCAGAACAGUUUGGAAGGAGUCUGACUUGGACAUCUAUAUUCAGUCAUCUCCCAAGGACAACGUCAAGAUCUUUGGCGAGUAUCUAAUUGCACACGAAGACUAUGCUUUGGACGAUACCAAGCACAUCGAGGAUGAUUUGGGCAUGGAUUGUGACAUCAUCAAUCAGGUCGAUACAUAUGUCAAGAAGGAGGCCAAAGGUCACAAGUCAUGUAUUCACAUUAUCAGCACUUACGGUACAGCCAUUGAGGGGAUUCUUAGUUCCUACAUUACGACGGCACUUGUCAACGUUAUAAGUUGGCAAUCAGCCUACGCAGCAUUCCCAGACACGACGUUCAAAGAUAUGAAGACGUAUCAACUGGUGGGAUUUCAUGAGUGCCUCAACCCUCUUCUGGAGAAUCUCGCUCGCCGCGGAUGGACCACCCUUGAGGUUAUCUCGGCAGAAGAUGAACGUCGAGUUCGCUCCCUCUGGAAUCCUUGGCCGCGUCGUCUUGGCGACUCUCUGGCUUGGAAAGUCCCUCUCGAGAUUGAAGGCGUCACGCCUGGGAUAUCAGGCAGCGUCAUAGAGUUCUCAACUUUCAAGGUGUACAAAAACAAUGGACGCUGGCUUCCCCCAACCGAGAAGGAUUUCGAGAGUUACCUAAUCUCAUUUAACAAAUUUGAGUCAUGUGCUCUGCAAUACGAGUACUUCUUCACUGGCCCAGUGGAUGACGACUUUUGGUACUCGAUUCGUUCAAAGCUCGAAGACUUGACUGUCCAGCAGUUGUCGAAGCUCGAAGAUCAUCCGCUGUCUCUGAAGACCUGGGAGCAUGGCCGCUUGUUCAAGUACGCCGGUGACAUACAUGAGAAUACACCUGAAGGAUGGACAUACUAUGAUGACGAGAUUCCAAAGUGGUUGAAUGAAUGGAAGUUGGAAAAGGCCCGAAAGAUUGCAGUAUUUUUCAAGCCCGAGAAAUCCAACAACCGGGGACCUUCCUAAGCACGCUCAUCACGAAUCACCAUGUUCCCCUUUUCAAUCUCCUUCUCGAUGUUCGAAGAGAUGUGAGGCAUUUAUUGCAUGGCAUGGAAAUUUUUGGCGUUGAAGCUUCCACUGUGAGGCAGGUAGGGUGCGUUUGUCCAAAAAUAAUGGCGGUGAUACAGGGAAGUGACCACUACAUUUAGCAUUUGCAUGAUAUAUGAAUUGGGCGAUGACUGGCUUGUAUGUAUGGAAUGACAGUC